ACAUAUCGGUCCGCUCGCUCAGGCAUCAUCGCUGCUGCUGAGAGAAGUGAGGCAAAUAACGGGAACUUCAGUCGUUUCAAAACGUUAUGGGAUUAUUAUGUCCAGAGCCGUUGUUUCUCAUAUCAUCAUGGUGUGUAGAACAAAAAAGAUGUUUUGAAGUCUUCGGAAACAUCUUGGACCAUCGCUGCAGACAGAGUGAGGACCCGAGCUCACUGAUGUGAGGUGUAGAUCUUCUCCGAGUGUGCUCAGUCCACUCUUGAGCCUCAGGAUGAGUGGGUCAGGGGAGCAGACUGAUAUCUUGGCUGUCGGGAGCAUGGUCCGGGAGCGAUGGAGAGUGUUGAAGAAAAUUGGCGGGGGUGGUUUUGGUGAGAUUUAUGAAGUCUUGGACCAGGUGACCCAAGUCAAUGUGGCUCUGAAAGUGGAGUCUGCCCAGCAACCCAAACAGGUCCUGAAGAUGGAAGUAGCAGUUUUGAAAAGACUUCAGGGUAAAGACCAUGUUUGUCGUUUUGUUGGCUGUGGGCGCAAUGACCGCUUCAACUAUGUGGUUAUGGAGCUUCAGGGAAGGAACUUGGCAGACCUUCGACGCAACAUGAGCCGUGGCACCUUCAGCUUCUCCACCACACUCAGGCUGGGCCGACAAAUCUUAGAGGCCAUCGAGAGCAUCCACUCUGUGGGCUUCCUGCACAGAGACAUCAAACCCUCUAACUUCGCAAUGGGUCGACUUGCCAGUACGUGCCGAACCUGUUAUAUGCUUGAUUUUGGGUUGGCACGCCAAUUUACAAACUCAUGUCAAGAAGUCCGUCCACCACGUCCAGUGGCAGGAUUCAGAGGAACCGUCCGUUAUGCUUCAGUUAAUGCUCACAAGAAUAGGGAAAUGGGUCGACAUGAUGACCUGUGGUCUUUAUUUUACAUGCUUGUGGAGUUCAUGGUGGGUCAGCUACCCUGGAGAAAAAUCAAAGACAAAGAACAGGUCGGAAAUAUGAAGGAGACAUACAACCAUCGCCUCAUGCUGAAACACCUCCCAGAUGAGUUUAGUGUUUUUCUCGACCAUAUCUCCAACCUGGACUACUACACUAAACCGGAUUAUCAGCUACUGAUGUCAGUCUUUGACAACAGCAUGAAGAGCUAUAAUGUGGUGGAAAACGACCUGUAUGACUGGGAAAGAACAGAUUCAGAGGACACACUUAAUGUUGGAACCCUGGCAACCACAGCCCAGCAGUUGACCCGCCUCACACCUGCAUAUUUGGGCAUGGCCAAUGCCUCCGUGAUUCCGGGCGAUCUGCAGCGUGAGAACACAGAGGACGUCCUUCAGGGUGAGCGCCUCAGCGAGGCUGAUAAUUGCGCACCCAUCCCAAUGCAGCCUGCACAGGGAGCAGAUAUCUGGGAGGAUAUGGAGCACAGCCAUGACCGAAACCUCAACCAUGUUCAACCACUAAUCAGAAAGGUGGCUAGUGAGGAGGAGCGAAGCAAAGAGGGCAACCAGAGCCCCAACAGUGGUUCCAUCCAGGGCUCUCCCAGACGUGUGCGCUCAGAGACCUUGCUCAUCGACCGUGUGGCUCCUCUACUGAGAAGGAUGCGCCAUAGUCAGAGCAUGGGGUUAGACAAAAGACUGACCCCUGAACCCAAACCCACAAUUGAACGCUUCCUUGAGGCCUAUUUAGGGAAGCAACGUCCAGGUCUGGCCCAAGACAGGUCCAUCUGUCGGGUCGAGCAGGGCUCGUUGGAGGACGAGGAGGGUGCGGCCAGCAGCGGUUAUGUUGCCGUCAAUCUCAGCCCCGUCCCACAAGACUCACAGGAGUGGGUUCUAGUGGAGCUUGAGGGUGGUUGCGGUUCAGCAGAAUUCCACACAGCCGUCUGCCACACUGGACCUCCAUUCGCCAGACUACCGGGUUUGCCUGGCAUAAUAGGCUUGUCUGGAUUAAGAAGACUGCCCACAGUACAGCCUGUGUCAGUGGUCCUCAGCAGGACUCAUCUUGAGCAGUCAUCCAAUUCAGUGCUACAGCCCGUUCAGCCUCAGCAGAAGACAGGAGACGACUCUCAGCCUGACCACGUGCCAGCUAUUUCACCCUCUAAAAGCCCUAACAAGCCAGAUGAAAACAUUAUCUCUGUCAAGGCCUCUGACAAGGAUGUGGAGAGUGACUCUGGCUGUCCUGACGGUGGGCCUUCUUCAACUCCCAACCAGGGUGAGAUGACUGGACACAGUGUUGAUGCAGCUCCAGCAUCACCUCGUGAACUCUCACCCCGAGCCAGCCGCAUCCCCGUCCGUGACCCAGACUCUCCAAACCGUAGGGGGUUUCCGGCUCCACUUUCUCCAUCUCUGUCGCUAUCAUGUGAGCACUUCCCCUCAGCGCUGCUGCGUGACAGGUUCACCUUCCCCACCGGUUCUCGAGGGUCAGACUGGCAGGCGGAGGAGCCACUCUCUCUAUCUUCCUCCUCAGGACCUGUGUCGAGCAAGAGUAAAAUACCAAGACCCAUAAGCCCCACACUAGUGCCGGAUCAGCUGUCUGCACGAUUUAUUCCACGACCACCACCAGGCAAACCACCCAUUCGCACAGGUGGCGAGAACAGACGCAGACGCUACCGCAUUCGUGCUAGCAGCACAGGUGACACGGACCUCUUGGACAACCUCUCUCAGCUCAUGCAGGAGCGAGGUGCACUGGCUGUCAGCACCUCACGUUACCAACGCACCACCACCUCCUCUCUGCAGCGCUCGUUGAGCUCCUCACCUUCUCGUUUUGAGGGGGGUCACAGCCAGUCACCAAGUAGCUGCUCUGCCUCCCCGCCUCCUCGAAUCAGUGACUUGACAGUAAAUCACGGGUCAGGGUUCUGCCCCAGAGUCAGAGCAGGAAGUCCUGAGAGCAAAACCACCACCAAAAUGAGCAAAUAAAGAGAAAGCAUGUAACUGUUGGUGUGAGCUGUCAGUAAUUUGACCGGUUUCAAAAGUAGCUUUUACCGUUUGAUGAACUGUAGCGUUUUUACAAGUGGUGUUUUGAUAAGUAGAGCGAUAAAGGACCAGGUGUUUGCCGGUUGGUUGUGAUUACUUGAAAGCAUCAUGUUUUGGACAUGGUUUGGACAUUAGAAAAACAUGAAAUAUUAACAUGCUAAAUGUUCCAGUGACGCUGUGUAACUUUCUUCUAAACAAAUUGCCCAUUGCAUAUCAUUGUAAUCAUUUCUUUUUUUUUUUUUAACACUAUAUAAUUU